AUGACAACGCUCUCACCCUUCACCUGUCGCGACCUCUUGCGGUACAACGCGGUGAACGUGGACGCGUUGACGGAGACGUACGGUCUGCGCUUUUACCUGCACUACCUCUCGACGUGGCCCGAGAUGUUCACGUGCGCGCGAGACCGCGAGGGCGAUCCGUGCGGGUACGUCAUGGGUAAGGUCGAGGGCUCGGGGGAGCUGUGGCACGGGCACGUGACGGCGGUGACGGUGGCGCCGACGCACCGGAGACAAGGGCUCGCGCGAGAGUUGAUGGGCGCGCUCGAGCGGGCGACGGAGGACGCGAACGACGGGUACUUCGUCGAUCUGUUCGUUCGAGUGUCGAAUAAACUCGCGAUCGGGAUGUAUGAAAAGUUUGGGUACUCGGUGUAUCGCAGGGUGCUGAAUUAUUACAGCGGAGAGGAGGACGCGUUCGACAUGCGGAAGGCGAUGCGACGGGACGUCGCAAAGAAGAGCGUUGUGCCGAGCGAGAAGGAUUGGCAUCCAUGGGAGUUAGAGUGGACGUAG